ACAUACAUCUUAUUAAUAAAUUUACCUAAUAAUGUCUUAGAUUUCGAAAUGGAUAGUGAAUAUGUACUGGAUAAAUGUAGUGAGCCGUGUUUGCAAAAAUUAAACUGUAAUGAUAUUUGUCGUGGUACAUGUGGAAAAUGUAAACAAGGCCGUUUACAUAUACCUUGCAGUGAAAUAUGUAACAAGAUAAACCCAUGUAAUCACAUGUAUGUUUUUUUUAUUAUUAAAUUUAAAUUUAUUACAUACAGUGUCGAUUUUCCUUUAAUCAGACUCGUUGGCAAAUACACUAUUUUGUCCCAAUGAAGCAGAUUUCACUUAAUUGUUAUUAGAGUUUUUAUUUUUUCAGAUGUAAAUUCCCUUGUAAAGAACGGUGUCCACCUUGUAAUAAUAAGUGCUUGUAUUCAUGUAUCCACUCUAAAUGUACAAAUAUUUGUGGUAAACCAUGUGUACCAUGCAAGGUAAUUCUUAAAACACAAAAUAUAUGAUUUUUACAUAACACAAAAUUAAUAUUUAUAAAAAUAAAUUUUUGUAUUCAGGAAAAAUGCAGUUGGAAAUGCCGUCAUCUAUGUUGUACUGUGAAAUGUGGGGAAAUUUGUAAUCGCAUGCCUUGUUAUGAACCUUGUGAUUUAAUUUUGGAAUGCAAACAUAAUUGCAUUGGUUUUUGUGGUGAACCGUGUCCUCCUCUCUGUCGUAUUUGUCAAAAAGAUGAAGUUACAACAAUAAUUUUUGGCAAUGAAGAUGAACCAGGUGCAAGGUAUAUUACCUAUAUUAUAGAUAUUAUACUGGGCGAUCAAUAAAGUCUUACGACACUCAAUACUUCAGAAAGUAUUUACUUUUUCAAAUUUUUUUUUUAUAUGGAAAAUGUAAGACAUAAGCAGAUUUAAAAUCUAUUUUUUUUUCCUAACCUUAUUUUAAGGGUGAAACCAUUACCUUUUUUUCAUUUUUAAAUUGAAUUAUAUUUUGUUUUCAAAAUCAAAUAUUAAAAAUAAUUUUUUCCAUUUAUAAAUGUAUGUUGUGAUAUCAAACACAUGAGUUAUAACAUAAUAGUAUACUGGCGUUAUAGUAAUUAAUAGCUUCGAGUAGUCAGUUAGUAGGCAUAAUCUGGAGAUUACCAUGUUACAACUUGAUAAGGCUAAUAAUUUAUAUUAAUUUAAUUUACAAUUAUCAAAUACCGCAAUACUUUAAAGAUUUUUACACCAUAGUAUUGUAUUUUACUACCUAAUACAUUUCUGUGAAAUUCUCAACAGUUCAUUCCUAGAUCCUAGAUUUUAAAAAAAAUAUUUUUUCAAAAAACCUAUGUGGCUUCCAAAGAAUUCCAAUAUAAUGUUAAAAGGGAUUGAAUUAGGACAGCAAUUUUUUUUUUUUUUUUAAUAUAAUUGUUAUUAUAUGAUACAAACUAUCUCUUUAAAGCUUCCAUUGUGCUGGGUGCACCGGGAAUCUUCAACUGGUGGCCGCGUAUUUAAGGAAGUGGUUUCAUCUCAAAAAAUAAGAGUGACAUAAAAUAAGGUUUAUACAGAAUUUUAGAGUUGUUUGUUUCUUAAAUUUUCUUAAAAAAGUUACUUUCUUUCUGAUAUAGUGCCUUGUUAUAUUAUUUGCCGUUUAUACAAAUAUAAUUGUUUAUUUAUUCAAUUAUUUUUGUUAUUUGAACACGAGUUAUUAAAUAAUAUAUCAGCUUCAAAUAUAGAGCAUGGACGCCAUUAUAAAUGUACCCCAUGUUCUAACCUACCUAACAUUUUAUAUAGUUCUUACUUGAAUGUUGGCUUGAUUUUAUCAGAAUUGGUUUUAUUGAAUUAAUUGCUUGAACUAUCCUUUAAAGUUAACUGUGUUUGAGGAAUAUUCACUACGUGUGAUCACUUAUGAAUCAUUUGUAACUUAUUUUAUGUGUCGUUGAUUGUAGUUUUGGACAAUAACGCCUAUUUAUUUUAUAGGUUUGUUUACUUAGAAGACUGUGGACACUCUGUUGAGUCUGAAGCUUUGGAACAAUGGAUGAACCAAAACGAUAAAGAAAUAGUAUUAAAACAGUGUCCCUUAUGUAGAACACCAAUUUUAAAAACCCUACGUUUUAUGAACAGAGUAAAAGUUAUAUUAAAAGACAUAGCAGAAAUUAAAGAAAAACAGUACAAAGAACAAUUUGUGAUCAGCAGUAAUAAAAUAGAAAUGUUGCAAUCAUUAAAGUCACUCAGUGACAACUUUAAAUCAAUAUUUAUUGGUGAUUUACGUAAAUUUCAACAUAUCAAAGAUCUUUGGGAUAUGUUUUGUAAGCCAUUGAACAAACAGUUUCAGAUUUCACAGAAAACUCACAAAAAUAAUAGAAAUCGAACUGUUCAUAUACCAAUCAAAGAAAUUGAAUCUUUAGACUUUGUCAUAAAUUUAUUUAAAUCGACUUCAAAGUAUAAACAAAUCAUUAAUGAAGAUAUAGAUGAUGGUCCAAUGAAACAGACAAUUAUUAAUCAUUUUGUUUGGUUACUUUCUGUCACCUUUACAUACGCCAAAGAGUUGUCAAAUCAACAAAAAUUUGAUAUAAACAUGGAAAUGGCUCGUGGAGGAAGAAUUGUGAGUUUAUACAAGAUAUUGUCCAGCGUAGAAUAUAAGAUGAAAGUCCAAAUGAACAUAGACUCUACAAACAAAAAUGAAGUAAAAGACUUGAUAGACAAUAUGAUAGAUAUGUUGAUAUCAUGUAAAGUAUACAAUCUGAACAGAGAUAAAGAGAUAGAAAAUCGCAUGGAAUUAAUUGAACAAAAAAUUGAUGGUAUUGCUUUCAUUUCUGAUGAAGAAAGAAAAAUGAUUCAUAAAGCUAUGUCUGUGAAUUUCCCUGGUGGUAUUAGAGCUCAAGGUCAUUGGUGUAAAUGUCAAAAUGGUCACAUUUAUUGUAUAACAGAAUGUGGAGGACCAAUGGAGGAAUCUGUUUGUCCUGAAUGCAAAGUUAAAAUUGGUGGCCGUAAUCACCGUUAUGUUUCAGGGGUAACUGUGGCAUCGGAGAUGGAUGGUGCAAGAAGUCUUGCGUGGAGUUCUGCUAAUAAUAUAGGCGAUUAUAUAUUUGAUGAUUAAUGAUUUAAUUACAUUUUUAAAAGAAAAAUUUUAUUGAAUUAUUUUUAAAUUAAUGUAUAUUUUUUUAAUUUCUAACAGGGUUUUAUAAUUUUAAUUUUUUAAUAUACUAUAUCUUAU